AUGAAUGCUGGCUAUCUGCUGCAGGCACUCCUGCUCCUGGUGCCGGUCUGGUGGCUGCUCGGUGGACGAGUAGCGACCGCGCGAUUCGUCAAACGGCGACUAGGGCUGAAGCUUCUCGCAACCGCGGCUGGCCGAGAGCCCGCCGCUGACUCUCAGAAGGAGGUUCUCAACACCGACUUUCCAGACGAGCUUCUCGACGCCAUCGUGUCGCACCUGGACCUGCCGGCACUCAAGUCCGCUCAGGCGGCAUGCGACUCUUGGCGGCUCUCCGUUCGACGCGUCUGCACACCCGCAUUCCUCGCUGAUCGCUUCGACGUCCCAGCGCUGCUGUCGAUGGGCGCUCCGGUGAGCAGCCUGCUCGAGCGCAUCAAGGUCGCGUCGCGAAGCCAAUCGGCAGGCUGGCACGAGCUCGAUGCCGCGCUGAGAGCAGGUGACGACUACCUGCCGGAGGGCGUGAGGACGGAAAUGCUGCUCGCGUGCUCAUGGUUCAUCAAAUGCAGCCUGCUCCACUACUCUGUCCAGAGCAUUGCUGCAAAGGCCGUCGAGUUUCCGCUCAGCGUCCUCCCACUGGGGUUUGUCCUGCUCCGCACAAAGGGCGCGGACCCGGAAAACACCACGAAAGUCGCGUGGAUGCAAGGCGAUGCCCCACGCAACUGCGAGGCGUGCCAAAGUGUCAUGAACGACCCGAGGCGAGGACAUCUCGUGCUGGCGUGCGGCUUUGUGACGAACGCCAUCCUCACAAACGGCUCUGCCGAGCAGCAGGGUGGCAUCGCUCACGGGUGGUCCCGCACCGGCUGCAGCGUGGCAAUCCAUUCGCCGACGCGCGGCUCAAUGACCAUCAGAAUGGACGGGCUCCCACCCAACGCCAUGCCGCUGAGGAGGAAUGUGCAGGUGCGCGUCCCGUUCUCCGUGGAGUGA